AUGAGUUUUGAUUGGUGGAAUCCGCCUGGAUUCUCAAAUCACUACAUUUUCUUGCCGGAUUCAGGAAUCUAUGACAAAUUGAUUUCACAACCGUGGACAUCCCCGUCGACUGAGUUCCUGAGACCAAAAUACGUUUCAAAUGGACUACCCACUAUGUCAUCUCCGGAUGUCUACUUUCUGAACCUCUUGACGACUACACACUACGAAAGAACCAUGGAGAAUUUAAAAACGGAACUGAUACCCGUCAUGGAGAAAUGUUCUUGGUUUGCAAGACAAGAUACAGAGACAUCAUUCAGCCAUCUCUUUCGAGCCUUCCGUGAAGCAUCCGUCGUUACUUCUCGCAAUGAAGGAGACAUCCAACUGUUGAACAUCAUCGGGAAUAUGUUGAAACAUAUGCUGGAAAACCUGGAACUAUCCAUUAACAAAUCGGGCGACAGCGAUCGAGUUCCAUACUCGCAGUGGUUCAUCAAGAAAUUCGAUUUGAACUUUGUCGAUUCACUCCACAAUCAAUACGUCCUUCAGCAAGAUACAAGACAUGAGUGGCACGAUUUGUCGAUGUUGAGUGCAUUCUGCCAAGUCAACUAUAAGUGCGACUAUCCAAUGACAUCAAACGAAUGGGCGAUUCGACUCUCCGCCUUCUGCGUGCUAUUUUUCAAAACCUUCAUUCACAUCUUCAAUGAAAUCUUCGAUUGA